GGCGCGGUACCCGCCCUGGGCUGAGGGUGGCUGGGCGAGUCUGGGCCGGUUGUACACCGCCGGUACCCGCCGGACCCUGCCAGACCCUGCCGGACCGGGGUCUCUCCCUCAGUAAGGUCCAGGGGUGUCGGUGGUCCCGGUGCGGGCGUGAAGCGUGUCGGCACCGCCGCCCGGCGAAGGUAGCGCAGGAGAGAGUCGUCGGGGGAUGUCGUGACAUGUCGUGACAGCCUGAGUGCUGUUUGAUGCAUCAGGAGUGUUUAUCAAGAAGCCUGCAAUCUUGACCUUUUUACAGAGUUCUUUUGCAGUUAUUUGUUAAACAAUGAAGGUUCUGUUGCUGAAGGAUCCCAAAGACAAAGAUUCGGGGCCGGAUCCGUAUAUUAAAGAAUUGGGAUUAUAUGGAUUUGAAGCAACUUUGAUUCCAGUUUUGUCAUUUGAAUUCGUAUCUCUUGAAAGCUUAUUUGAAAAGCUGUCUAAUCCAGAGUGUUAUGGAGGCCUAGUUUUUACCAGUCCAAGAGCACUGGAAGCCAUCAAGCUAUGUUUAAAAGACAAUACUAAAAAUGAAGCCUGGUCAAAAUCUCUCAGACAAAGAUGGAAUACCAAACCAGCAUAUGUGGUAGGAAAAGCUACAGCUUCCCUAGUGGAAGAAAUUGGCCUUACUCCACAAGGAGAAAAGUCUGGAAAUGCUGAAAAAUUAGCUCAAUAUAUUUGCUCUAGAGAGAAACCUGAUUCCUCAGCUCUUCUUUUUCCUUGUGGAGCCCUGAAAAGAGAAGUGCUUCCUACAGUACUGAGAGAAAAAGGUAUACCUCUGGAAAGCCUUACUAUUUAUGAAACCACCCAACACCCUGACCUGCAAGAAUCUUUAAGCAGUUACUUCUCACAACAGGGAAUUCCAGUGAGUGUUGUGUUCUUCAGUCCAUCUGGUGUCAAGUUUUGCCUCCAGCACAUUCAGAAGCUCUCUGGGGAUUUUAUUGACCACAUCAAGUUUGCUGCCAUUGGCCCAACAACUGCUGAAGCCCUGGGAGGGGCAGGAAUCCCCUGCAGCUGCACUGCUGAGACUCCCACUCCCCAGGCCCUCGCUGCUGGGAUCCAAAAAGCUCUUCACCUACAGGACUGUUUAUCUAACUAAGAGCACAGCCUGCAUUUGAAGGUGAAUAUGGUGCUCUAGAAGGUUUUUUCUGACCUCUUAUCUUGCAAGAAAGUGUUUCUCAGGAUUGUGCAAUGCUGCCCUUGUGAGGACCUGGUGUUAGAAGUUUGCAUCUAGGUAGCUAAGGAGUGCUGAAUUAGUCCAGGAUGUUUUCAAGCAUCAGCUAUUCCCUGUUUUCUCACUUAUGCAGAGUAAAUAUUCUGUGUGGAUGUUCUUUGAAAACUAGUUGUGAGAGGUUAAUCUGCAGCAGAGUAGAUUCUGAAAGAAACAAAUCACCUCAGGUAUCUCCUAGCACACAAGGUAAGGGUUUCAUUUCUCUGUCUAGGAAGUUUUGCACAUGCAUCUUUUGCAGAAGAAAAAUCUCCUUACAAUUAAGCAUUUUCUGUUGUAAAGCUUCCUUGUUCAUUGUGCUGCUUUUCCAGUAUUUAUGUUUAAAAUUAUGAUUAUAGAUUCUCAAUGGAACAGAACAACUCUUGCAGUCAAGUUGCACUGUGUGGAGCUUACAGCAGGUCAGGUAUUGCCACUAAAAGUCUUCACAGUACAAGGUCUUAAAAGAUAGAUUUUGGGUUCUGUUCUUGUUAAGAAGGAAGAUUUAAUAACAGAGAAAUAAAUUGCCUUAUCUUUGUUAAUAACAGUGUUGUCUGUUUUGGAUGUGGCUUAUGCUUUGUUUAUCUGUAAAGAGAGAAAAAGUAAUCCUAUUUAGAGCUAAUGCUACCUUCAGCUAAUGCU